GCCCACAACAACAACAAGGACGAGGAGAGAAAGAGGAAAGAGAAGAGACGACAGUAGCAGCUCAUGGCCGCCCUUGCGCGUAUGUUGCCGCCGCGCUCCUUGGCGUUGCUGGUGAAUCGUUUGUGAAGUGAAGCGUUGUGCGCGGCGCGAGUGCGUGUGUUUGUGUGUGUGCGCGCGUGAAAAGUGCCAAGUCCAGUCGCGAACCGGGCCAUGCAUCGCGUAGCAGUGGAGUGCUUGAGGUGAAGGUGCGAGUGAGUUUGUGUUUGUGUGGAAGAAGAUCCUUGUCAGCCAGCGUCAUGGAAGUGAGCUUGGAGCGCGAGUGCUCGGCACUCGGUGGACUUUUUCACCAAAUCAUCUUGGACAUGAAGAAUGGAACUCCUCUGUGGGAGGACUUCGUCGCCAAGGCAACCAAGCUGCACACUUGUCUCAGGGCCACGCUGCAGGCCAUCGCCGCCUACCUGGACGCCUUCCAAAAGAUCGCCGAUGCUGCAACCAACGCCAGAGGUAAGCGGAACACGGCGAACACGCUGUCAUGAUGUCAGCGAUCUUGAUGUCGGUCGGGACGGGAUCGGGACUGCGGUAGUAGGGCCA